GCCCAGCUGGGCUCGGUCCUCCUCGGCAGUGAGCCCACCUCCUGGGGGAUGGGAUGGGCUGUGUUUCCUUGACGUUUGAGAGGUUCCAGCCCCCAGCGCAGCGGAGACCAUGGCCCCUCAGGGCUCUCGGGCCCCGCUGGAAUUCGGAGGACCCUUGGGCGCCGCGGCGCUGAUGCUGCUGCUCCCGGUCACUAUGUUCCACCUGCUACUGGUGGCCCGCUCGGGACCGGCGCGCCUUCUGGGCCCACCCCCCUAUCUGCCGGGACUGGAGGAGCUGUGGAGCCCGUGGGCGCUGUUGCUCUGUCUCACCUGGCUCGGCCUGCAGGCGGCGCUCUACCUCUUGCCGGCGCGCAAGGUGGCUGAGGGGCAGGAGUUGAAGGACAAGAGUCGACUGCGCUACCCCAUUAACGGCUUCCAGGCCCUGGUGCUGACAGCCCUCCUGGUGGGCCUGGGGGUGUCAGCCGGGCUGCCCCUGAGCGCGCUCCCGGAAAUGCUCUUGCCCUUGGCAUUUGCGGCCACCCUCACCGCCUUCAUCUUCAGCCUCCUUCUGUAUCUGAAGGCUCUGGUAGCCCCUGCCUCGGCCCUGGCACCUGGAGGGAACUCAGGCAAUCUCAUCUAUGACUUCUUCCUGGGACGGGAGCUCAACCCGCGCAUCUGUUCCUUUGACUUCAAAUAUUUCUGCGAACUGCGGCCUGGCCUCAUCGGCUGGGUCCUCAUCAACCUGGCCUUGCUGAUGCAGGAAGCAGAACUUCGGGGGAGUCCCUCACUGGCCAUGUGGCUGGUCAAUGGCUUCCAGCUACUGUAUGUGGCUGAUGCCCUUUGGUACGAGGAGGCAGUCCUGACCACCAUGGACAUCAUCCAUGACGGGUUUGGCUUCAUGCUGGCCUUUGGGGACCUCGCCUGGGUACCCUUCACCUACAGCCUGCAGGCCCAGUUCCUGCUGUAUCACCCACAGCCUCUGGGGUGGCCCCUGGCCUCAUUCAUCUGCCUCAUCAAUGCUGUUGGUUACUACAUCUUCCGUGGAGCCAAUUCUCAGAAAAACACCUUCCGAAAGAAUCCUUCUGAUCCCAGAGUGGCUGACCUUGAGACCAUCUCUACAGCCACAGGGCGACGGCUGCUGGUGUCUGGGUGGUGGGGUAUGGUCCGCCAUCCCAACUACCUUGGAGACCUCAUCAUGGCUCUGGCCUGGUCCUUGCCGUGCGGGGUGUUCCACCUGUUGCCCUACUUCUACUUCCUCUACUUCACUGCGCUGCUGGUGCACCGUGAGGACCGGGAUGAGCGGCAGUGUCUGCAGAAGUACGGCCUGGCCUGGCAUGAAUACUGCCGGCGUGUGCCCUACCGAAUCGUGCCCUACGUCUACUGAAGCAGCUCCAGACACCCCAGGUUGGGGCACGUGCCUGCCCAGCUGCCAGCACACUGGGCACCAGGAGCCUGGACGCACCCGGGACACAAGGGCCUGUACCCUACCCUGCCCUGAGCUCCAAAACACUGGGAUGAACGGCCUGAUAGGUGGCUGGAGCAAGGGGGAAAUGAAGCCAGUGCUCCAAAAUGGAGUGGGUGUGCAGGGGGGGUGUGCUGCUCUUCCUCCUUAGAUAAACAGCUGGA